AUGAGAAUAAAAUGUGACAUCAUCUACUCAUGUAAAUCUGAAAUUGUGGCGAAUAAAAUUGAUAAAUUUAACAACAACCUCACGCCGCCCCCUUCUCCUUCAGUAAAACGUUCGAGCCACUUGUGGCGCGACAUGAUGGGGGUGCUGAGGCGAAAGGAUUCAACAGCAGCGUCCAAUGUCGCAUUGGCCAAUGCAAUGAACAACAAUCGCGUUUCCUGCCCAACCGGCGGGAAUCGCUCACCAUCCAUCAGCAUUUUGCGACAUCAUCGGGUGAAAUUACGUUGA